AUGCAGUCGCCGAAACAAUUUGAGGACAUGGCCUGGGAAGAACUUCCGUCGUUGACAUAUACGACCUUCGAUCUUUCCAUCGACGCAUCAGAGCUGAUCAGCACGCGCCCGGGGAGUCGCCUGCAGUCGCCGCUCGAGCCUCAUCAGAACGAAGCGUAUCUUACAGGGUUCACUACUCCACGCUAUCGUGUCUUGAACGACUCCAACCUUUCAUUUGCUUAUAGUCGAGUGCCACGAUCUCUUGCUCCAUCGGCAGCCGCCGGCACGGAUACCGUUUCUCGUGGACGCCGCGACGAUGCUCCCAAUCCAAACAAACAUGCCUGUUUCGAGUGUCCCGACUCGGGUUGUACGAAAUCGUUCACGCGGCAGGACAAUCUCAGUCGCCAUCUACGAGUGCACGAUCCAACAGCUUCUGAGUCUUUGCCUCCGCAAACAACAUCUACGAGCAUAGAUUUGGAGGCGGCGGUCUUGAAUCCAGCCUUGCCGGACUCCUCGCAAAACGCGCUAGACAGUGACGACUCCAAGAACAAUGACGGAAUCCUUUCCAAUGGCCAUUAUGAAGCUGAAACAGCUGGAGUAUCGGAUCUACUUCCCAACGAGCUUCGCAGUACGCCAGAAGCGUUCACGAGCAUUGAAGCCAGCUCCGAUCAUCAACCAGGCCCAAUCUUCUCGUGGCAAGCGGCGUUGGCCGAGACUCCUCUGCCGAUACGGCCUUUAUGUACAAGUAAUGCGCCUGUUCCUGCAACGCCGGAAAAGGGACAGAACCAGCAGGCGUCUGACGAGACCGACCACCACGAAAAUGACGCUGGUUUUUCCUCUGCGCUCGUGGAGCUCGACGGAAUGAUACAUGAUUUGCUAAUUCGCACCGCGAUUUGGCAAGAGCGCUCCAUCCAGGCUCAGAGCCCGAUGCGAUCGGUCAAAACAUUCGAGAACCAGCCAGCUGAAGUUUCCUCGCUUGCUCGAUCUAUCUCAGCACUCGAGCUUGAGCUGCCUCCGCGCAACGACUGCGAUUCGAGUGCAGUGGACUUUUUCGCCACCGCUGUGCGUGCGUGCACUGAACCGUCCCAUCGCUCUACAUUGCCGACACUCAAAUCUGACGCUGGCAUCCAAACACACGCGCAUAAUGGCUUCAGUGGCUACAGUGACUCCGGGUCAUAUCGAUCCCAACCACAAAGCGUUGGGCAAAGCGGCAGUCACCAACGAUACAUCACUCAACAUACCGCAGACAAACGUGCAGCUCCUGACUUACCAUCGGGUGAUGGAAACGGCCGUGAUCGUGCCGGUGGCAAGAAGCGCAAACUCGACAGCCUCGACAAGGUGCUAUAUCUCUGCAUUUGCCGAGUCGCCGAGCGGGAGACAUGCCCCGACGCUUCGCUUGCUUUCGAAGGUCCUUCCCUACUGAUUCGCCAUCUCGAAAAAGACCACAACUUCUUUUCUCACACAGACUGCGUGCAGAAAUUCGACAGCGCAAGCCUUGCUCGACCGAAGCGGCAUUACUGCGGCAUGUAUUGUCCUAUCGCAGACUGUACGAGACGGGAUCCGCAGGACUCCAAGCUCCACCACGAUACCGAUCACUGUUUCCGCGGCAGGGACAAAACAACAGAGAAGUGGAAGGCUUUGUUCAAGCUCAAGUAUCCGCUUCUUGAGUGCCCCGAGGAUGGCUUCACAAUCACGACAGCUGGACGAACCGAGAACUUUCUUCUACCUUAUGCGACCAUGUCGUCAGAUCCCGACUUGCAUUCUCAUCCCGACAGCGAUGUGUCUCCGGCAAAUUCUUAUCCCACUGCCGUCGAGGCAUACAGUCCGUAUUUAUCGCAAGAUCACUCGUCGUUCAACCAUGGAUUCCAUUGGCUCAACCAAAUUCCGCCGGCUCUCGGAUCGCCCACAAACGACACCUCGAUCGGCGAUGGUACUGUCGGAAUAAGCAGCUUCGUGGAUGUACGAGUCAAUGGUGCACACGCGCACAGGUCCACGGUCGAGCUGAGCAUCCCAUCUGAGCCCACGCCUUCAUCCAGCGCCGAUCGCUCAAUUCACGACCAAAUGCGCACCGUUUUGGCCCAGCAAGAGAUGCUAAAGCAACAGUCCUCUUCCCGACAAACUGUAAUCACGGAUGCCGACGCCCUGAUCCGUGCAUUGAAAGACGCUCUCGAGGCCACCAAGGAACCCGACGUGCGGCCCGAGGUAAGGACGGCAUCACUGUCUAGGAUCGAUUUGUUGUUCCAAGUCUCUCGCCAGUCGAGAGCGAUUUAUGCUGCGACAUUGGCCACAGAAUCAUCAGGGACCGACACAUCGAAGUACGCCGACUUUGCAAUUCACUUUGCGUCGAUGUAG